AGCAAACCUGUACCGAUCAUAUCAGCACUGUGGUUCUUAAAUGCUUUUAAAACAAUGUUUACAAAAUAGUUUGCGCAAUUUUGGAGUUGUUUAAUUAAUGAUGGAAAUAAACCAUCUAUUCUUGUCUGCUCAUGAAUCGCCGAACGUGCCUCUCCUCCUGAUUGGCGUAACUAUGGAUACCGUUGCUAUGUGACGCUUGUUCCUCCAGGAAGACGCUAGUUCGCUAGCUCGCAGGACAACAUGGAAGACAGCUUUCAGCUAGGAGACAAUGGAGUUGUGAAAAGUGUUGCGAAGACAGGCCGCAGGGCCCGGCAAGCCGCAGAGCAAACCCCCGUCGAUGAGUCCCGUCCCCUCCGAAAGUCCUCCUCCACCUCUGCUGGAGAGGCGGGCCCUCCGAAGUCCGUCCGCAGGCAGGGCGGCUGGGCCGAGGACAGCUCUGGAGCCGGUUCUGCCAAAUCCUCCAGAAGACCAGCGUUGGAGGACCAGGAGGACCGACGCCUGCAGCCACAGACCCCCCACGGCUCGGACGACGAAGGAGACAUCCCUGUGAUCCCGGACCUGGAUGAAGUCCAGGAGGAGGACCUCACCAUGCAGGUGGCCGCUCCACCGAGCGUCCAAGUGAACCGGGUGAUGACCUACAGGGACCUGGACGAUGACCUCAGGCACUACUCUCCCUUCCAGACCUUGGACGGGGAGAUAGACCUGAAGCUGCUCACCAAGGUGCUGGCUCAGGAGCAAGAGGUGUGGGAGGAGGACGUGGGCUGGGACUGGCAUCAUCUGUUUACGGAGGUGUCCUCGGAGCUGCUGAGUGAAUGGGAUCAAGGAGAGAGUGAGGAGCAGGCGCCGCUGCCCGUGGUCAAGUGAGGAGGUGCAGCAGGAGCAUGGGGGGCCCUCGACCUCCCCUGAGGAGCAGGAGGCCCCGGGGCCCCUGACCGGAGGGGGGAGGGGAUAAGAGGUGCCGACUUUGGUUUCACACGUUAUGUUGUUGUUUUUUCCGAUCUGUAAUUUUUAUAUAUUGUAACAUAUCUAUAUUUAUACUGUUAUAUAAAUAAAGCUUAAAAAUAUGAGAUUAUGCUG